AAGAUAAGGAGUUCAUUGGCACCAGUUAGGAGUCCCUUGAGUUGCCCAUUGUUUAUUGCAAUUGUCAGUGGUUGGUUAGUGAGCUGUAGUUUAAAGUAAUGUAUAGUUUGUCAAAAAUAGUAUCGUUGUUGUAAACUAUUAUUAGCAUAAAAGACAUUUUUAAUUAAAAGAAAAAAUGCCUGAACCCGAGAGCAGUUUUUUAAGACAGUUUUACAACUGUAGUAUAUUGCGGCAUGGAAAAAUAUUAAAAGAAGACUUAUGGGUUCGUAACGGUCUUAUCGUCGAUCCUGAAAAAAUUUUUUACGAUGAGAAAAUAAUGCCUGACGAAAGGAUCAACUGUCACGAUGCAUUAAUAUCACCUGGAUUCAUAGACUUACAGAUUAAUGGUGGAUUUGGGGUUGAUUUCUCUAAUGAUAUUGACACUGUCGAGGAAGGUGUUAAUAAGGUCGCCAAGAAAUUACUUACUUAUGGUGUUACAUCGUUCUGUCCAACUUUGGUAACAUCUCCACCAGAAACUUAUAGAAAGGUAUUACCAAAAAUUAAAAAACGUAACGGAGGAAGUCAUGGUGCAACAGUUUUGGGGGUACACGUUGAAGGUCCAUUCAUAAGUAUCACUAAGAAAGGAGCUCAUCCAGAGGAGUACAUUAGAAAUUUUGAAAAUGGAUUCAGAUCACUCACAGAUAUGUACUCGAGCUUGGAAAACAUUUGCUAUGUAACUCUUGCGCCUGAAAUUCCAAAUGCAUUAUCAGUUAUAUCCGAACUAUGCAAAAAAGACAUUAAGAUAUCUGUGGGUCACUCGGUUGCAAAUUUAAGUGAUGGUGAGGAAGCUGUUAAACAUGGAGCCACCUUCAUUACCCAUCUGUUCAAUGCAAUGCUUCCGUUUCAUCACAGAGAUCCUGGCUUAGUUGGAUUAUUAACAUCUAAAAGAAUACCAACAGAGAAAAUAAUCUAUUAUGGCAUCAUUGCUGAUGGUAUUCAUACACAUCCAGCAGCAUUGCGAAUAGCUCAUCGAACACAUCCUGAAGGUUUGGUUCUGGUGACAGACGCUAUAGCUGCUUUAGGUCUUAAAGAAGGUGUUUAUCGACUAGGCCAAUAUGAUAUUGAAGUACGUGAUGAACGAGCCUACAUUGCAGGAACAGAAACACUAUGCGGUAGCACAGCAGAAAUGUCGCAUUGUGUAAGAUUCUUCAGAGAAGCAACCGGAUGUUCAAUAGUUGAGGCUUUGGAAGCUGCUACACUGCAUCCCGCGAGAGCAUUAGAAAUAGAUUCUCGUAAGGGAGUCUUGAAUUUCAAUGCAGAAGCGGAUUUCGUGAUGCUUGAUGAGGCACUGGGGGUACUGUCCACGUGGAUCGCCGGCAAGUGCGUUUAUACGAAAAAUAACAAUUAUGUAAUAGAAUUGUAAUUGCUCAGUGGUUAAAAAUGCAUUCGAGACUUUCCGAGGAUUUUUUUAC